CCCCCGGUGAGGAGAGAGUCAUCACGGAGCCGAGCCGGUGCAGCAGCAGAGUGCUCCCAUCACCAAGAGACAGAGAGACAGACAGAGAGAGAGAGCGGGGCUGAACGGAAACACAACCGCCUGCUCCACCCAGCAUCCUCACCGACCAACACCGACCUCGAGUGGGAACAACACAAGUCCCCUCAGCCUGUCCUCAGCCUGUCCUCCGGUGUCCACAGUGUCUCCUCCUCCUCCUCCUCAACAUGUCCGUGGGCAGUGACUUUGGAAACCCUUUAAGAAAAUUCAAACUGGUCUUUCUGGGGGAGCAAAGUGUUGGAAAGACGUCUCUGAUCACACGGUUCAUGUAUGACAGCUUUGACAACACGUAUCAGGCCACAAUUGGAAUUGACUUCCUGUCGAAAACCAUGUACUUGGAAGAUCGAACGCCUUCUCAGCUGUCUCUGUCUGAACCCCAGGUGAGGUUGCAGCUGUGGGACACGGCGGGACAGGAGCGCUUCAGGAGCCUCAUUCCCAGUUAUAUACGGGACUCAACUGUGGCUGUGGUGGUCUACGACAUUACAAAUGUUAACUCAUUCCAGCAGACGUCAAAAUGGAUCGAGGAUGUGAGAACAGAGAGAGGAAGUGAUGUCAUCAUCAUGCUUGUAGGCAAUAAAACAGACCUGGCAGAUAAGAGGCAAAUCACAAUUGAGGAAGGGGAACAGAGGGCUAAAGAGCUGAGCGUCAUGUUCAUAGAGACCAGCGCCAAGACAGGUUACAACGUCAAACAGCUGUUUCGGCGUGUGGCAGCUGCUCUUCCCGGAAUGGAAAGUAUGCAAGAAACAAGCAAAGAGGGGAUGAUCGACAUCAAGCUGGACAAACCGCAGGAGCCCCAGACUACCGAAGGCGGCUGUUCCUGUUAAUACUCAGCACCGUCCGGGAAAAAAACCCACAUCAUUUACGCCACAUGCUUGUUAUGUUGCUUCCUAUUGGUUAACCUGCAGUUGACUUUGCACGUUGAGAAUCUGGCCUCCUCACCUGACUAUUGGUCAUUGGUUGGAACUAGCAAUAUGUGAAUUUGGUUCUAAAGUAGUGUAGCCUACUUUGUUAUUAAUGAAACUGCCAAAAAGUCUUACAACUUGCAAAAAAAAAAAAAAGAUAGAAAAAGACAAAGAUGUGAUAAAAAGAUCCCCAAGUUACAUAUGUGGAUACGAUUUUUUUAAGUAGAAAAGGAAGUUUCCCCAGUUUCUUUUUUGUAUUUUUGUAUAUUCAGGGAAAUCUCUCUCUGGAAGGAUGUUUUUUUUAAAAGAUGCAACAACUAAGCUCUGUGUUUGAGGGCUUGAUAAGAUCAGAUGGCUUUAGACGUGUUUUUAUGGAUCCCACUCAUGUUAUAGGCAAAAAUGGAGAUCCUCCCCACAUUAUUAGCCAAAUGUUAAUCCCCCUUACCUAACCCUGAACAUAGCCAUUUUAGACUUUAUACCUACACUUAAUCAUCUCAAGGCUUAUUGCCUAAACAGAACCAGUUUUGAUCUUAAAGGUUCUCUAUACGAUUUUCAGAGCAUUAAUAUAGCUGCAAACAGUUAUUUGCUAUGUAAAGAUAUAGAGGAUUAAUGUCUACCUGAGCAGAGAAGGAAGUCACUCUCCCUCUGUGUGUGUUGUAAUCCGAGCUUCUCCGUGCUUUGUUUACAUAGCCGGGCUGGCUGUAUGUGCAUUUUAAUGCAUGUGAGUAGAGUUGAGUGAUUUCCGGUUUUGCUGGUCCGGUUCGGUGUACGAACUUACACCGGUUUGAUUCAAUGCCAACCGGUUAAACAGGUAUUUGUCAUUAUGACAAAUUAUGGAAAAUUUUAAAGUAGCCAACAUCGGCAACAGGUGCCGACGGCAUCACGGCGCUAAAUCCAGCUUGUAUUGCAUUAAUAAUAAGCAAUAUGACAAUGUGAUUAACAUAAUAUUAUGUUUAUUUUUAAACAGACUAACGGAGCCAGCAGUCCCCAUAAAACUGGUUAACACUGUUAGCUCUGUCAGCACUGUUGCCAUUGUUUCCACUGUUAGCGCUGUUAGCUGCUAGCCGCCAGCUCAGCCGUCUCCAUGUUGAGAGCCAUGUGGAGGCAAUAGACAUGCUUUUGAAUUCCGUGUACAGAGGCAAAGUCCCUACCCUUCUGGUGGACCCCAUGGGACCUUAUUUCGGAUAUUUUGGAUGUACGGUAGUCAACGGAGAGAGACAAAUAUGUUUUGAUCCUGUUUGAAUUACGCCAUGAAUCACACAUAUGAUGUUUGUCAAUUUAAAACGUAAUUUUGCAAGUCAAGAAAACCACAGUUUGUUGUGGGUUUGUCGUAGUAUCAUUUAGUUUUGUGUGAAACUGCUCAGUGAACUAAAUCUCUCGUCUCGAACAAUAUACGUCACCAACACUAGCUAGCUAGCUAGCUUAGCUAUGUUCCACGCACAAAUUAAACGUUAUCUUACCUGAUGUAUUUUAUCCAGUGAUUUUUAUCAACCGGGAAGUGAAAGAAGGAUCAGACCCGUUGCUGUUGCAAAAUUAUAUUUUAAAUUGACAAACAUCAUAUGUGUGAUUCAUGGUGCAAUUCAGACUGGAUCAAAACAAAAUUUGUCUCUUGCCGUUGACAACCGUUCAUAUUUUUCUGAAAUAAGGUCCUAUAGUGGUCCACCGGACUCUCUAUAGAGAACCUUUAAGCCUAACCCCAGCCUUCCGUUUUGGCGAGCCAAUCAUGGCACUGCUGCCCAUAACCCCUGUGGGAUCCAUAACUUUGCUUUGAGGUCGUUACAGGAAGUGAACAGUAACAUCUUGAGUAUCUAAUGCAUGCCUAGUUUUUGAGCAUAGGUACUGUCUACCAGUGUACACAAGUUUGAAUAUGUAAAUGGUACCAUUACACCAGUGACAUAAUGCACUCUGAUAAUGACUGUCUUUCUGUUGAUGAAAACUGUUGAACUUGAUUUGUAUACUUGACUUCAGAAUAUCUCUUCGUCGUGCGUGCGUGUAAAUGUGUGCUUUCUGUAUAGGCAACGUUAGAAUGCAGUUAUAUAGAGGGCCACUGCCAAGUCGCGUCAUUCUCGCCACAUCAUGGCACCAUUUAGGUCACCAUUUGUUUGCAGCGUGUCAUAGAUUCCCCCCCCCCCCCCACCCCCCACUCACAACAAUAUGACCGUUGCAUCGUGUAAUAUUUUGGUAGUUGUGAUUACGGUAGUCUGCACAUAUGCUGUAGGUGAGCAGUGGAGAAUCAAAGGCCUUGCCUUGUGUCACAGAGGAACGUAAAGACAAAGUUCCCCGUGUGGUGAUGUGUAGACUUUAAUGUCGGUUCUGUAAUCGAAAACAGACCGCUAACAUUGUAAACCAGUUCCAUUCCUGACAGAAGACUAAUUUGCACAUAUAGACCUUUCAGGUUAAUAUGAAGUUCUGAGAAGCUUCAUUGUAAAUGUACAGUCACUUAACUCAAGACCCGUCUGAUUGUCACGUGACGCAUCCCCACUGAGAUGAGGGUUUCUUUGCUGCUUGUGUUUAAACUGACUACUGACGUUAUGCAAUGUUGUUUAAAUUUGGUCUUUUUUUCAUUUUUAGAGCCAGGUAUCAUAACAUACUGGUGGUGAGGUGGUGAAGUCAGCCAGUGUUGAGAACACUACUUUGAUUUGACUCGUCUCUGAAGUGAAAUCUUACUGCACUUUUUGAAGAACAUGUUUUAGAAUUAGAGUGACAAUGUAAGUCUUAGAAACAUGGUAAAAAAAAAAAAAAUCUUUAUCUCCAGAGCGCGUGGAGUACUGUGUAAAUGUUUAUGAAUUGUUCACACACAUGUCCAAAAAAGGGGAGCACUCUUGUGAAAACUAGUGAACCUUUCUAACCCACAUAUAAUGAGCCAAAUAAUAAUAAUACUAAGAGACAGAGUUGGAUCAAAUACCACAGGAGUUAUUGACUGGAACACACUCUCUCGUGGGUUUGGGAAUGACAAAGACAGGUUGCGUUUCAAGUUAUAAUCUGGAACUGAAAGAAAAAAGUAAUAAUGUAUCGACCCUCUGUGUUGCUGCCUAUUUAUUAUCUCCCAACAGGAAUGUACUGCUCUCAUUACCGACCACACAGCCUUGUAAGGAGAGCACUUUUUGAGAAAUGACUCGAUGGGUAUUUAUUUUUAAAUGAGAACAAGUGAUUAAUCAGUUGCUGUAGACUUUCCUCUGUAUUUAUUCCCCUUCCAUAUUAAAGUAGAGUCCCAUUUAGAGGCCCAUUUUAGCAUUCCCUGGAAAUGGACCAAGUAGUGCAACAAAUGUCUUAACGUGUCGGGGGGUCUGCAUUUGAGGAUGGAGGCCUUCGUCAUUCCCUGGGGGGGGGUGUAUGUUCUGUCACAGCUCUGUGCAACGGACCUGAUCAGUCCAGAGCUGACUCUCCAUUCACACUGUACAGAGAUCUAGCAUGUCUCUCCAAAUGAUUAAUAAAGAUGUCUUAUUACCAAA